UCUUGUUUGAGUUUCUAGAGGCUCAUGUUACRCAGUAUAAUCUUUCUUUUACUCCUGUAGUUCAACUAUGGACUACAUAGCGUCAAAGCAUCGUAACAGACAAUGAUAAAGCGUUUUACAAGGCCACGUUUUGGCUCAGUAGURCCCAGAUWAUGAAAACAGAACCAGCGAUCAUAAUGUCGUUAAAUGGAAGUUCGGGACAAGAACGAUCAUCAUCGCCUAGCACUCCAGUAAACGAAGCCUUGCCACCAAGCGUUGUGCACGUUUCAAGGGAUGAACUUCGGAAAUUCCUUAAGUGUAAACGAGUUGGGAAUUAUUUACUUGGAAAGACUAUUGGAGAAGGAUCUUUCGCUAAAGUCAAGCAAGGCUUCCAUGUUUUGACUGGUGAAAAGGUUGCAGUGAAAAUAAUUGAUAAGAAACAAGCAAUGGAAGAUCGUUACGUUUCUAAGAACAUGAGACGCGAGGCAAAAAUCCUGCAGAUGGUACGUCACCCCAACGUCAUUCAGUUAUUGGAAGUCGUGGAGACAGAAAAUAGGUAUUAUUUGGUUUUCGAGAUCGCUGGCGGUGGGGAUCUUAUGGACUAUAUUUGUUAUCGUAAAAAACUUGGCGAGAUUGAAGURCGUAAGUUCAUACGACAAAUCAUAUCGGCAGUGCAUUAUCUACACCAAGGAGGCAUUAUACACAGAGAUCUCAAAGUAGAAAAUUUGCUGUUAGACGAGAAUUAUAACAUCAAGAUUAUAGAUUUUGGUUUAAGUAACACCAUCAAUGUUCCGAGAUCUGGAGAACGUUCCUCAUCAAGGGAUCAUUGUAAAACACAAUGUGGCUCUCCAGCCUACGCAGCCCCUGAGAUCCUGGGACAUCUGACAUAUGGGACCAAGGUGGACGUAUGGAGCAUAGGAGUAAACAUGUAUGCCAUGUUGACUGGUAAACUUCCAUACACCGCUGAACCUUUCAAUAUCAUCACYCUGUACAAUAAGAUGGUAAAAGGGGACAUGAAUCCAAUUCCUGACAGGAUAUCAGCAGGCUGUAAGGAGCUAAUGCUGCAGUUUUUAACUUUCGAUCCUAAAGAGCGCAUAUCGAUCGAAGAAGCUAUCCAGCAUCCAUGGCUUCGGAAAGGAUUCGAGGAUAGUCCCCUGGUGGACAUUAAUUUUCCAAGUUAUAUAAGGCCAGAUGAAAUGAAUAAUGAUAUUAUCAAUCACAUGGUCGAUAAAAUGCAGUUUAAAACCAAAGAUGUCAUCGAAGGCGUCACUAAUAACAAAGCGAAUGCUGCUUCGUGCGUUUAUCAUCUCAUAAACCGAAAACUCAAACGCUAUCUYGAAAAACACCCGAGCACUGUCCGCAUKCUACGACGCUCUAAAUCGAGAGACGAYGARACUGAUGCAGCUCCGAAGAAACAACGAAUUGAAAUCGAAAUUGAUUUUAGUAAUCAAAUCGAACCUGCCAACGAAGAGAGAUCAAGAACAAGUUCACUGACGUCUCAUGCCUUGAGGUCUGGGACGAGUUCCCAAGGCAGUCGGGGAAUYAGAAAUCGAUCCGAUUCAUCUUCACAAGGAAGUCAAGGACCACGUGUUCGCCUUGCUAGUGACAGAGAUGGAACCGAGCUGAAAGGAUCAACUACCCUUCGCGGUGGGAGUGAUCAGUAUCUUGCUGUACCACAUGAUGACGCCGUCCAGAGGUCAGGUGACUUCAAACAGCUUUCCGUUGAAAUCGAUGACGACGAGCUCGACUGCGAAAUCGAAGGGCACGAGCCAGCCAACAGGAAAAUAUCCACGACCUAUGAAUAUCUCACGGACAAAAAACAUCUACCGACCCUCCCCUCUCCCUUAACAAUUCAAGAGCAACAACCAACGACGCUAAUGAUAGAUGAUAAUAACAAUGGUGAUGACGUCAAUGUUUUCUCAGAUGAGGCAUUAGCAAGUAAUGACGUCAUCGAGAAAACCGUAGUGAAGGAUGAUACUGGGACGUCGCCAAGGGUAGAAGAAAUUGUGGCUGAAGAGUCUCAUUUUGCAUCGUCUGGUGGACAUGAGACUUCAUUGAAAGCCAAAAGAAAUAGUUCUCCACCAUCACCACAAACAGGCAGUACAGAACAAGAUGAACCACCGUCCUUUACAAGACCUCGACGAGGCUCACUACCCAGUAGGACCUAUCCUGUAACUCGUGACCCUAGUCCUAUCCGAAAAGCAAAGCAACUCGACCCUGAUACGACGCAAGUCAAGGAGGAACCAUCCUAUGGACUUGUGUGUCAAGUCGUCGAAAAGGAUAACAGUGAUGACGUGAAUGAGGCUGGGCAGCUGAUGCUUCGAAGUACCCUUAGUCCUUUAUCCGUGCAUUGUAGUCCUGGGCCAGCGCGGCGUUACUCCACUCCAGUUAAUCCUAUGAAAGAGUUUUAUAAAGAAAUAUUAGGAUUCAACGAAAUAUCCAACGAUAGGUCUACUGAUAAACAAGAUAACGAGGGGGAAGCCAAAGGAASUCRAUCGCUUUCAAAACCGUUUGGAUCUCCAGUGAUUUCACGACGAACUUCUACCUCUUCGAUCUCAAGCGACGAUAGGUCUUCAAUACAGAAGAGUAACAAAAUUCCUCUUCCUGUAACUCCUAGAGAACCGUUGUUACCCAACUUGGAACUGAAGCUGUUAACAAAGCAUCCACCCAUUGAACCAAUACGYGUUAGUCCGAUAUCGCCGAGAAAGCUUAGCUUAGACAGCAAGACGAGGAGUGAAAGAGGAAAAGAGAGAAGAUCACGUCGACGAAAUACAAUCAUGAMCCCUCCCUUUCAUGCACUAAACUCGGAUGAUUCGCGUGACAUAGACAGUCAAUCGCGUGAUAUUGCGACAGAAUUUCACUCCAGAAUUGAAUCGAGCGAUAAGUCGAUCGAUUCACGCGAGGCGAAACGCCACGAGAACGUCCGCAAACCAAUUUGCAAUGAAACCAAACCAUCAAUAGAUAUGCCCAAUUUAUUAAACCAAGACAGCUUGAAAGUACCACGUGACGAGUCACGUGACAGCGAUUCUAGUACUGGUUCCCAAGAAAAACCCAGUGGAAGAAAUAAAGUAAGAGCGCGAGUGACUAUAAAGGAAAGACGGCARACAACUGAACUGGACACAAGAMACCAUAACAACAGAAUAAAUUAUCAUGACAAGCAACCAAAGGAUGCAUUAGAACAACAGAACAAACUCCUGCAUGACAAAACAUCUGGAUCWYGUAAUGAUUUGCUUGAUAAGCAUGCCGAAGGUAAACAAGUUUCGAAAUCACGUCGUGGUGGUAAAGUAAAAGCACGAGUCACGAUAAAAGAUAGACGGCAAACCACAGAACUCGACACGCGAGCUACUCGUUGUAUGCCUAAGAUUCAGUUUAGAAUCACUGAUACUCAUGACGUCACACACUCACGUGACRUCAUCAAACAUAAGACCCGUGUYCAGGAACUGAAGACGCUGGAGACAUCGCCUGAGAGGCGGUCAAGUGUUCCUGAGACGUCACGYGACCAAUAUCGAGAGCAGAAUGGGUGUCUUGUGCGCAGGUCUAGUGUACCUGUUCUCAACUCUGAAGACGAUACAGUGAAACCAGCUCGUAAUAGUUUAUCGACUCAAGAACUUAAACAAAAACAAAGUUCAAUGCACAGAACUCUUUCAGAAAGUAAUGCUAGAGAUCUUAAAGGAAAUAUUAAUGAUAUGUAUGACUUUGGGAACCCAUGGUUAAAACAUGACAAAACUAUACAGAGAACAGUAGCGAUGAGGGCAGAAAUGGCGAGGAGAAGAGCUGAUGGUGGAAAAAAUCGUCCUUCACUAGAACGASCACGACGGCACACUGUAUCGACAACUUCAYCAAUCACCACAACUAGUAAACACAAGGUUAUUAGCUCCCCGAGAACAUUGAAAAAAUCGUUAGUCUAAAUUAUAUUUUCGAUACAAUUGAAUGUAUUUUAAAAGUAUUUGAAAUAAAAAUAAUAUUAAUAAAUAUUAUAACAAUUUUUAGAAUUAUGGACAAUAAUUGACAUUUCCAARAGGAACAGCGGAUCGUCAAUAAGAACUUUAUUGAUUCAUUCCAGAAUUAAAAACUCAGAAUGAAGCAAGAUUUUUCAUAUUGAUGGUAGCGUUCCGCUGAAACGUCAGUGUUUGUGCAUAAUCUUUAUCUUUUGAUAUAUCAUUGUUAAAAAGAAUGCAUGUAGCAUUUGAAAUCGAGUAAAAAUUCACUUUUACAUCAA